UUUUUCAAUUGGAUUAUUAGUUGCGAAUAUGAUGUUGAACAGAUGUGCUCUUAAAAAAAAGUAAUACAUUUAUUGGCUCUAUUUGAAACGUGAGCAUACUCACGUUAUUUAUAAAAAUAUAUAUAUUGACAAAAACGCGUCAUCAUCUGUGUGUUAUCAACGUCUGUAUCAAAUCAAAAUUAAAAAUCAUUCAACUUCAUUGAACAAAUAAACAUUCAACAAACAAUGGCAUUAUCGGCUAAAACACUGACAUUGGAUUCAAUGAAUCCAAAUAUCAUAAAAAUGGAAUAUGUCGUGCGUGGGCCAUUGGUAAUUCGAGCUGGUGAAAUUGAAAAAGAAAUUAAACAGGGUGUUAAAAAGCCAUUCAACGAGGUAAUUCGCGCUAAUAUCGGCGACUGUCAUUCUAUGGGACAACCGUACAUCAAAUUCCUGCGAGAUGUAUUGGCACUUGUGAUUGAUCCAACAAAUUUCAACGAAUCGAAAUAUCCAGAAGAUGCAAAGAAACGCGCACAAGCCAUCCUCGAUGGAUGUGGUGGUAAAUCGGUUGGUUCAUACUCUGAUUCAGCCGGAAUCGAAAUUAUUCGACAGCACGUGGCCGAAUACAUUCAAAAUCGUGAUGGUGGUGUUCCAGCUCGAUGUGAAGAUGUAUUCCUGUCUGCCGGUGCUUCGCAAUCCAUUAAAGCCGUAAUGAAUUUAUUGAAUAAAAAAAUUAAUCGAAAAGUUCCAGGAAUUAUGGCACCAGUUCCUCAAUAUCCAAUGUACUCGGCCACUAUUGCUGAGUUUGGAAUGCAUCAAAUUGGCUACUAUUUGAAUGAAGAAUCAAAUUGGAGCCUUGAAAUUCCAGAACUGGAGCGUGCGCUUGAAGAAUCAAAAAGUGAAUGCGCUCCGCGAGCCAUUGUUGUCAUCAAUCCGGGAAAUCCAACUGGUCAAGUAUUAACUCGUGAAAAUAUUCAAAACAUCAUCAAAUUCGCGUAUAAACAUAAGCUAUUCAUCUUUGCUGAUGAAGUGUACCAGUACAAUGUAUAUGACAGCCAAUCGACUCACUAUUCGUUGAAGAAAGUGCUAAUGGAAAUGGGCGAACCAUACAACACAAUGGAAUUGGCCAGCUUUAUGUCGUGCUCAAAGGGAUACAUGGGCGAGUGUGGAAUCAGAGGUGGCUAUGUCGAAUUGAUCAAUUUAGAUGAUAGCGUUAAAACUAUGUACCAGAAAUCGAUUUCAGCACAAUUGUGUCCAACAACAAUUGGACAAGCUGCGAUCGAUGUCGUUGUUAAUCCACCGAAAAAGGGCGAACCAUCUUACGAUCAAUGGUAUAAGGAGAAAAUGACUGUUUUGAAUUCACUAAAUGAACGUGCCAAAUUUGUUGCCGAAAAAUUCAAUUCAUUCGAAGGGUUUUCAUGUAAUACCGUUCAAGGUGCAAUGUACGCGUUUCCACAAUUCAAAUUACCACCAAAAGCUAUCGAAGCAGCUAGACAAGUUGGACAACAACCAGAUGUCUUCUAUUCUUUCCAAUUGCUUGAAGAAACAGGAAUUAGCAUCAUUGCUGGAAGUAUAUUUGGUCAAAAAUCUGGCACCUAUCAUUUGCGAAUGACAAUUCUACCACAGAUGGAUAAACUGAAAGAAGUUUUUAUUAAAUUUGAAAAAUUCCAUAAAAAUUUCAUAGCAAAAUAUAAAUAAACAUAUUUCUGUUUACAGUCAUCAAGUUCAGUUUGCGUCGACUCACAAUUCAGUACUAUAAAAGAUAAACAU